AUGCUUAUAAUGGAAAAACGUCUUGCGAUCUGUUUGCUAGUGAUUCUCCUGCUGGCAAUGGGGACUCGUACCAUCGAAGGUGCCAAUAUCCUAGGUGUAUUCAGCAGCUAUAGUCCAUCACAUGUGAUCGUACACAUGGCUGUGGUGAAGACUCUGGCAGAUCGGGGUCACAACAUCACAGUGGUGACCCAGAUGGAGCCCAAGUUUCAGCCCCAUGAGAACGUAACGGUUAUUGUGGCACUACCCACACCCGAACAGGAGGCGCUCACUAGGGCAUACAUGGAACGAGUGUCCAGCGAGAAGGAAUCCUUUUGGAGCUUUCUGGCCAACCUGCUUUUGCGGCCCAGUCCCGUACUCCAUGGACAAUACGAGUGGACACUGCAUCCCAAAGUGAAGUCCCUCUACGAGAAUCCCCAGACUAAGUACGAUCUGGUGAUUUUGGGUCUGAUGCUCAACGAUUUUCAACUGGGAAUUGCAGCUAAACUCCGCUGUCCGGUGAUAAUCACCUGGGUAGGUGUCCCCAUGCCGUUUACGGAUUCUCAGGUGGGAAAUAUUGAUGAUCCGUCCUAUGUACCCAGUGUGAACGUCGCCCUCGAACCGGGGCAUCUCACCAUGGGCUUUGGCAUGCGUUUCGUUAACUUCUUCAAAAAUUCAUUCCUAAAGAUUGUAAAUGUUUUAAUAAGACACAAGAUGAAUGAGUUUUACAACCAAGCUUUUGCCAAUAAUUCAGAUCCGGACUUUCCUUCGUACUACGAGAUGAAGCGUCGCAUUUCCCUGCUGUUCUACAAUUAUCAUGCUCCCAGCGAGGGACCCAUCCGUCCGACAGUCCCGCAAUCCAUUGAAAUUGGUGGGAUACAGGUGAAGGAAAAGCCGGAUCCUCUUGCUAAGGACUUGGCUGAGUUUCUCGACAACUCCACUAACGGGGCCAUAUUCUUUAGUCUUGGAACCAAUGUCAAAUUCAGUGGCAUUCGCCCUCAGAUCGUAGAGAUUUUGUACAAGGUGCUUUCGAAGCUUCCUCAGCGAGUUGUCUGGAAGUGGGAGGACAUGGAGAGUACACCAGGAAAUUCAUCAAAUAUAUACUUUAGUAAUUGGCUUCCCCAGGACGACAUCCUGGCGCAUCCAAAGACGCGACUUUUCAUCACCCAUGCGGGUAAGGGUGGGAUUGCCGAGGCCCAGUUCCAUGGAGUUCCUAUGUUGGCAUUCCCGAUAUUUGCCGAUCAACCAGGAAAUGCAGAAAUUAUGGCAAAGUCCGGCUUUGGACUCCAUCUGGAUAUCCUUACACUCACAGAGAAGGCUUUGGAAGAGACUAUUCGCGAGCUCUUGGAGAAUCCCUCCUACCGGGCGAGUGUGGGCAGAUUCUCAGCCCUGUAUCGCGAUCGUCCGCUGACCGCUCGCCAAUCGGUGGUCUACUGGACAGAGUAUGUACUCCGCCACCAGGGCGCCUAUCACCUGCAGAGUCCCCUGCUCCACAUGGACAUCGUAGCCCGCCACAAUCUUGACGUAUACGGAACACUUCUAUUAUUUGGACUGGUUACCCUGCUGUUACUACGCCUGGUAUUCCGAUAUAUAUUUCGCAAAGUAUUAAGUUUUGUGCGUGGCCAUUCUUAUCGACCAAAAGCCUCGAAUAGCAAACUUAAAGAUAAGAUAUUCUAAUCAACAUUUCUCACGCAAUUCUAGUUCAAUAAGUGAAAAAGUAAUUGCAUAAAACGAGUAAGUAAUUACUAGUAGUACAUAUAUAAUAAUUUUACAUAAU